CUCCUCUUCGCUCGUGUGCAGAUAGACGUCCGCCUUGUGUCUCUUCUGGAAAAUAAACUCGCCUAGGAGUCACCGGGCGCAAUCACUCGUCCAUCCGGUGGAGGAUACCGCUAUAAUGGGUGUUUUUCACCAAAGUGGACUUUUUAACAGUUUUCGUGCUCUCGGAUUUUGAUAGAAAACAACACAUCCUGACACCCGCUAGCUAACGUUAGGUCUCGCCACUGUCCUGUGGUGUUUUCUUGGUGAGAGUCUUCAAACGAGGGACAUACAAGGAAUCUUACAGGGACGCAUUCCUAAACCGCGAACAUGUCUGGGGCGUCUGUAAAAGUCGCCGUUCGAGUUCGGCCCUUCAACUCCAGGGAGAUGAGCAAGGAGUCAAAAUGUAUCAUUCAGAUGCAAGGCAACACUACAACUAUUCUCAACCCCAAAGCCCCAAAGGAACCAGCAAAGACCUUCAGUUUUGAUUACUCCUACUGGUCACACACUACGCCGGAAGACCCCAGCUUUGCAUCACAGAACCUUGUCUACAAUGACAUUGGCAAGGAAAUGCUGGCACAUGCUUUUGAGGGCUACAACGUUUGCAUCUUUGCUUACGGCCAGACUGGAGCUGGCAAAUCCUACACCAUGAUGGGCAAGCAAGAGGAGGGGCAGGAAGGAAUAAUUCCCAUGCUCUGUGAAGAUCUAUUUGAGAAAAUCAAUGAGGACAGCAACAAAGAUGAGCUCUCCUACUCAGUAGAGGUCAGUUACAUGGAGAUCUACUGUGAGCGAGUGCGAGAUUUGCUAAACCCUAAGAACAAAGGGAAUUUACGAGUGCGAGAGCACCCGCUACUGGGUCCUUACGUGGAGGACUUGUCCAAGCUGGCUGUCACCUCCUACACAGACAUCGCUGACCUAAUGGAUGCAGGCAACAAGGCCAGAACUGUCGCUGCCACCAACAUGAAUGAGACCAGCAGCAGGUCCCAUGCUGUUUUCACCAUCGUCUUCACACAGAAGAAACAUGACAGUGAAACAGAUCUCUCCACAGAAAAGGUCAGUAAAAUUAGUCUGGUAGACUUGGCAGGAAGUGAACGAGCAGAUUCCACUGGAGCUAAAGGUACCAGGCUAAAGGAGGGAGCAAACAUCAACAAAUCUCUCACCACAUUAGGAAAAGUUAUCUCUGCCUUGGCUGAAGUGGAUAACUGUACCAGCAAGAGCAAGAAAAAGAAGAAGACUGACUUCAUCCCGUACAGAGACUCUGUUCUGACAUGGCUGCUGAGAGAGAACCUCGGUGGAAACUCAAGAACAGCCAUGGUAGCUGCCCUCAGUCCUGCAGAUAUCAACUACGAUGAAACCCUCAGCACACUCCGCUAUGCUGACCGAGCUAAAAACAUCAAGUGCAAUGCUGUCAUCAAUGAGGAUCCCAACAACAAGCUGGUGCGUGACCUGAAGGAUGAAGUGGCUCGACUGAAGGAACUGCUCCGUGCUCAGGGCCUGGGAGACAUCUUAGACAUUGAUCCUAUGGGGGAUGAUUGCCCAGGAAGUGGAAUCAAAUACCUCAAAGACAUUCAGAACAAUAAGCAUAGAUACUUGAUAGCCUCAGAGAACCAACGCCCUGGCCAUUUCUCCACAGCGCCUAUUGGUUCCCUGACAGCCUCGCCGUCCUCUGGCUCACUGUGCAGCCAGGGGGGCCUCCAGUCGGUCACCAGCAUCCAGGAGCGCAUCAUGUCCACCCCUGGAGGAGAGGAGGCUAUCGAAAGACUCAAGGAAUCAGAAAAGAUCAUUGCCGAGCUCAAUGAAACCUGGGAAGAGAAACUGCGGAAGACAGAGGCGAUCCGCAUGGAGAGGGAGGCCUUGCUGGCAGAGAUGGGUGUGGCAAUCCGUGAAGAUGGAGGCACUUUGGGGGUCUUUUCUCCUAAAAAGACUCCACACCUUGUUAACCUGAACGAGGAUCCUCUCAUGUCAGAGUGUCUGCUCUACUACAUCAAAGACGGAAUUACAAGGGUGGGUCAGGCUGAUGCUGAAAGACGACAGGACAUAGUUUUAAGUGGUGCUCAUAUCAAGGAAGAGCACUGCAUCUUCCGCAGCGAGAGGAAUGCCAAUGGAAAUGUUAUUGUCAUGCUGGUGCCCUGCGAGGGAUCGGAAACCUACGUCAACGGCAAGCGUGUUGAGGAUUCAAUCCAGCUUCGUUCAGGUAACCGUAUCAUUAUGGGAAAGAACCAUGUGUUCCGGUUCAACCACCCAGAACAGGCCCGAGCUGAAAGGGAAAAGACACCAACUGCAGAGACGCCCGUGGAGCCGGUGGAUUGGACCUUUGCUCAGAGAGAGCUUCUGGAGAAGCAGGGCAUCGACAUGAAGCAGGAGAUGGAGAAAAGGCUCACUGAAAUGGAAAUCUUGUACAAAAAGGAGAAGGAGGAAGCGGACCAACUUCUGGAACAACAGCGACUGGUGUACGAGAGCAAAUUGCAGGAACUUCAGAAACAGGUGGAGACUAUCUCUCUGGUAGCCGAGACACCUGAUGAAGAAGAGCUGGAGGAAGAGGAAGAAGAGGAAGAGCCUAAACUUCUGGGAUUGCCCUGGACUCAGCACGAGUUUGAGUUGGCUCAGUGGGCUUUCAGGAAGUGGAGAUACCAUCAGUUCACCUCCCUCCGUGACCAGCUGUGGGGAAAUGCCGUCUACCUGAAAGAGGCCAACGCCAUUAGUGUGGAGCUGAAGAAGAAAGUCCAGUUCCAGUUUGUCUUGCUGACAGACACCCUGUACUCUCCGCUGCCCCCUGAGCUUCUGUCGCCAGAACCAGAGAAAGAGCGUGACUCUAGGCCUUUCCCCCGCACCGUGGUGGCUGUGGAAGUUCAGGAUCUGAAGAAUGGAGCCACGCACUACUGGUCCCUUGAUAAACUCAAACAGAGGCUGGAUCAGAUGAGAGAGAUGUAUGACCGAGCUGGAGAAAUGGCCUCCAAUAACCAGGAGGACGGCGAGGGCACUCUGACAGGGAAUGACCCCUUCUAUGACCGCUUCCAUUGGUUCAAACUUGUGGGGAGCUCCCCCAUCUUCCACGGUUGUGUCAACGAGCGCCUAACCGACCGCACGCCCUCGCCUACCUUCUCCACCACUGACUCGGAGAUCACCGAGCUGGCCGACGAGCGCCAGAGCGAGAUGUCUGACUUGAUUGACGACGAGGCUUUUGUGGACGACACCAGCUCAGACGCUGGCACUGAGGAGGGCUCGGAUAUCUUCAGCGACGGCCAGGACCCCUUCUAUGACCGCUCCCCCUGGUUCAUCCUGGUGGGAAGAGCUUUCGUGUACCUGAGCAACCUGCUUUACCCUGUGCCACUGGUGCACCGUGUUGCCAUAGUAACAGAGAAGGGCGAGGUGCGUGGUUUCCUGCGUGUGGGGGUCCAGGCCAUAGCUGCUGACGAAGAGGCCCCGGACUAUGGGUCAGGAGUUAGACAGUCAGGAACCGCCAAGAUUUCCUUUGAUGAUGAGUACUUCAAAAAGAAUGACUUUCCCUCCACGGUUAUGACCCGCUCUGGCAUGUCCCUGGAAGAGCUGCGCAUUGUGGAGGGUCAGGGCCAGAGUUCAGAGGUCAUCACACCCUCAGAGGAGCUCAACAGAAUCAAUGACAUGGACCUCAAGCUGGGUAACAUCGCAGACACCAAGCUGAGCUGUGGUGACGGUCUGGCAGGCCAGCUGGAGGUGGGCAGCAUCUUUACCUUCCGUGUUACAGUGCUCCAGGCCAGCGGCGUCCCGCCGGAGUACGCAGACAUCUUCUGCCAGUUUAAUUUCUUGCAUCGUCAUGAUGAGGCUUUUUCCACCGAGCCUCUGAAGAACACUGGGAAAGGAGCUCCACUGGGCUUUUACCACGUCCAGAACAUUUCAGUUGAGGUCACAGAGUCCUUCAUAGAAUAUAUCAAGAGCAAACCCAUUGUGUUUGAGGUGUUCGGCCACUACCAGCAGCACCCGCUGCAUCUUCAUGGCCAGGACCUGAUCAGUCCUCCAACACCAUCAAGGAAAUACUACCCUAUCCCCAUGCCUCUGUCUAAACCAGUUCCAGCCACCAAGUUGAACACCAUCACCAAGUCCAACCUGGGUCAGUGUGUCAGCAAGUACGACCUGCUGGUCUGGUUUGAGAUCAGCGAGCUGGAGCCCACUGGAGAGUACAUCCCAGCUGUAGUGGAUCACAGUGGAGGACUGCCCUGCCACGGCACCUAUCUACUGCACCAGGGGAUCCAGCGGAGGAUCACAGUGACUCUUAUCCAUGAGAAGGGAAGUGAGCUCCACUGGAAGGACGUCCGCGAGCUGGUCGUGGGUCGUAUCAGGAACAAGGCUGAAGUGGACGAUAGUGCUGCUGAUGCCGUCCUGUCCCUCAACAUCAUUUCAGCCAAGAACAUCAAGUCGUCCCACAACUCCAACAGGACUUUCUACCGCUUUGAGGCAGUGUGGGACAGCUCCCUGCACAACUCCCUCCUGCUAAACCGAGUCACUCCGUACGGAGAGAAGAUAUACAUGACCCUGUCUGCAUAUCUGGAGCUGGACCACUGCAUCCAGCCUGCUAUUAUUACCAAAGAUAUCUGCAUGGUCUUCUACUCCAGAGACGCAAAGAUCUCUCCUCCCCGUUCCCUCAGGAACCUCUUUGGGAGUGGGUACUCCAAAACCCCUGACUGCAAUCGAGUUACUGGCAUCUACGAGCUGAGCUUGUGCAAGAUGUCUGACACUGGGAGUCCAGGGAUGCAGCGGAGGAGGAGGAAGGUUUUGGACACAUCAGUGGCUUAUGUGCGUGGAGAGGAGAACCUAGCCGGCUGGAGGCCCAGAGGAGACAGUCUCAUCGCGGAGCACCAAUGGGAGCUGGAAAAAAUGGAGCAGCUGCAUGAGGUGGAGAAGACCCGUCACCUGCUCCUGCUGCGGGAGAAGCUGGGAGACGCAGCUCCGGUGGGAGCAGCUCCCACCACAAAGUCCCUGAGCGAGUUACUGUCCCCCAGCAUGAGCUCAGACAGCCUCUCCACAUCCACCUCCAUCUCCUCUCAGAUCUCCAGCACCACCUUUGAGAGCGCCAUCACGCCCAGCGAGAGCAGCGGCUACGACUCGGCCGACAUCGAGAGCCUGGUGGAUCGUGAGAAGGAGCUGGCUACUAAGUGCCUGCGCCUCCUGACACAUACCUUCAACAGUGAAUAUAACCAAGUGGUCAACAGUAUUAGUGACUGCAAGCUGUCUGAUAUCUCACCAAUGGGACGAGACCCGUCAGUGACCAGCUUCAGCAGCGCCACCCUCACCCCGUCCUCCACCUGCCCCUCUCUGUCCGACUCACGCUGUGGCUCCAUAGACCAGAAGACCCCAGAGAACAGCUCCCGUGCCUCCAGUCCCUCCUGCUCAGACUAUGAAAACUUCCCAAUGGUUCCCACUUUGGAGACGUCCUACCUAGCGCGGGCUGGGAAGAACGAGUUCCUCAACUUGGUGCCUGAUAUUGAAGAAAUGAGGCCAGGAUCGGUAGUUUCGAAGAAAGGUUUCCUGAGCUUUAUGGAGCCGCGCUCCAAUUCGUGGGUGAAGCACUUUGUGGUCGUGCGCCGACCCUAUGUCUUCAUCUACAACAGCGACAAGGACCCGGUGGAGCGGGGUGUCCUCAACCUCUCCACAGCACAGGUGGAAUACAGUGAAGACCAGCAGGCCAUGCUCAAGACUCCCAACACAUUUGCUGUGUGCACAAAGCAUCGAGGAAUCCUCCUGCAGGCCAACAACGAGAAAGAUAUGAACGAUUGGCUGUACGCGUUUAACCCUCUGCUAGCAGGAACGAUAAGAUCUAAGCUGGCGAGGAGGCGUAGUGGCCUAAUGAAGAACUGAGCGGGUCGACCGUCACACGGGAAACCACGGCUUCCAUUGUUUCUGGAAAGCCUUUUGAACAUACCAAGUGUUAACACUUAUUAAUCAUUGUGAUUCUUGACAGUUUUCUCUUGUAAGUAGACUUGUGGCUUAAGUCUCCUUUCAUGCGACUAAAAGUUUCAGUUCCAGAGAAAUUUGCCUCCCCUCUCUCCCUCCAACGACCCUCUGCCAACUUAGCUUUCUUCCUCUCUAUUUCUCUCCCCCUCCUCCUCUUCCUCCUCAGCUGUUUGUGUUUUUGUUUUUAUGACAAUGUUUGGGUCUAAUUUUGUUCCGCUUUGUUGUCAUUCCCUAACUCCCUAACUAGUAGCAUGUUGUAAAAGUCUACUUGUGUGUGCACGAUUCUUCAGAAACUGUUCUUUCUGGCCACUAAUUUUUCAGUUUUGCCAAUCAUCUGUAAAGAAAUGGUCUCUAUCAGUGUUAUUUGUCUCCCGAGAAGAGUUAAAAUUUUUUUUUGGUUUUUUUUUUUUUUUUUUUUUUUUAAAUAUGCCCGCAUGAUAACUGCAGCAGUCCUCAGGAGAAGAGCAAGUUUGCUUAAUCAAAAAUAAUUAAAAUCAAACAGAUAACCUACAGUUGAAACCAUGACAGGAAAAUAUACAGAUAUCUCUAAGCGAUGUAUUAGUUUACAUUUUGCUACAGAAAGCAAGGCUAGUUAAAAAUCUAUUGCUGCUAAUGAAUUCAUAGGUUUUUCUUCUCCUCGUGAGGUUUUCAUCAGGCCGCUGCCUCUAUAGCUCCCCUCUGCCUUUAGAAACAAAAUGUUAAGUGUGAAAAACGUCUCCAAACUCAGUGAGACCGGAGGGCAGUGCUGGAUUUCCACCCUCAUCCAUGUGAUAUUUAGAUCCUACUCCUCAGCCCGCGUGCAUUCACAAAUGCCAACCCCGAUAGUGCCGCCAGUCAGCAAUUACUUAAAGUCAUGCAUUUGUGUCAAAAUCCAAAAUACAUGCAAACAUGUAUGAAGAUUAUUUCAUAUCUUAGCAGCGAAAUGUGACAAUGGAUUGUUCCUGCAGGAGUAAAUAUUUAUCCCUGUCGUUUUUGCUAUUUCAUCUCAAGAAAAAAAACGGUUUCUAGGAGAGGAGGAGGAGGACGGACAGUUAAGAGAGAUUUAUGAUUUGUACAUACAGUCUGUUCUGGGAUCAGUGUGGUAGUUAGCUCUCAUUUAAAACAUUCCUCCCAGCUCCUCUUGCCGUUUUUCUUACAUGUUUAGGCCUCGAGAGAGUCUCAACAUCUAGUUAAACCAUCACGUCCGUGUGACACCGAAGACAAAACAAAACCUGGUGAAACAGGAGAAAAGAAAGGAGAAUGAAGUUGCAAUGCUCUAGCCUUGAUGCCAGUAGAUAAUUGAUGCAGCUGCUAACACAUAGCCUGCAGGACAGUUAAUAGGCUACCCCAUGACUCCCCUCACUGUCACGACGGUGUCGGGUAAAAUCUCUCAAGUGAAGUACUUACUGUUCAGCAGUGUUUUCAUUUUCUGUUUGUGUCCUUGAAUUGAAACUCAUCUAAUGCAUUAGGUUCACAUUUCUUUUUUUCUUCUUUUUUAAUAUAAUUAUUAACAUUUUUUCUAUUAUGCUUUUAAUCAUUCCACAGUGAAGUUUUAUAUGAAAUGUAACAGAGGGCAUUUAUUCUUAAGUUGUAACCAGCUCUAUUGGUGUUUAACCUUAUUUUGCACAUUAACACAUAUCUAUAGCAAGACGAGGGCAGGUCACACACGAUGAGUCCAAGAUUAUUUCUGAGUAUCAGGAUAAGAGCACAUAUCAGGGCUACACUGGAUAGCUGUUUCUGAGAAAGAAGGAGGAGAUAAUAAAGGGACAUCAUAUGCUCAAAGGUUUUAUUUCCGGUAUUGUUUAUGAAAAUAUUUGCUCUGUACAUUGAACCACAGCUGCUACAUUUGGCUCCUGAUGAAUUAUGCCUCUGUUUCUUUAAAAUAGUCGAAAUGUGAUGAGCACAGAUAGGCUUUAAAAACUCUGGCCAACCAACCAGUAGUCUGCCUGCUGUGUCAUGAUAGAGAUGUAAUGAUCGAAGGUGUUGAAACAGAGGCCACCAUUGCCUGUUACAAGAAUUUGCAGUGACACAUCUUCACUGUUUGCUGAUGUAAAGACAGAAAACAUUUGCCUCAGAAAUCAGAAUUGCGGAGCAUCACUGCCCUCGGGUUAGCCAACCUGCUGGACAGAGAAACAAAAACCUUCUGAAACGAUGUUUUGUCUGUCAAGAGAAAAAUUAAUUUUGAAAAACCAUCUAUGCACUGAUGAAGGCUCUAAGUGCAACGUACCUCACGUUAACCUCAGCGUACUGCAUGAGAUGCGAAAUGAAGACCCGUCAGAGCAAACAUUUUCACUUCACUGACUAAUUUGCAGAGGUAUAUUAUUUUGGAUUGUGUAUUUAUUGUUUGCAAUGUAUAUAUUAGUUUGCAGCUCUUUGCACAUAUUAAUAAAAGGUUCAACUAACUGAU